CUGUACCACAACCUGCUGUACACGUGCACACGUGUUUGUAAAGUCGAACCGAAACCGUUUCAUUUCGGUUUUUGACUCUUUUUGGCCAGUGUGGUUUUCGUAUUUUGGUCGUUUUUUAUCAUAUAUCACGCGGAAAUGGCUAAAUUCCGCAAAAGGGUGACAACGAAAGGGAAGAAGUGGAAGAAAGGAUUCAGUUCCAGUUCCAACCCUCAAGUCCACAAAUUCAGAGAAGCAGCUAAAACGAGAUUUUUUCAACCGAUUGCAGGUUCGGGUCUGACCGAGAAGGCGGUUGAAAAGCACAAUGCUGUCUUUAGUGGCAGUUCAAGUGCCCCAAUGGAUGAAGAUUCUGAAACUGUCGGAGGGAUCACUUAUAAAACAUUUGAUACAUUCGCUAGUGACUGGAGCGCAUGUUCAAACGAGUCCUUUAGCAAGCUUGUCACAAAAUUUAAACCAGACUCGGCCAUGCAGAAGAACAUGCUGGCUGUACUUGCAGCUGUGACAGAAGUCAUUAAGCAAAACAAUGGCGAAGAAACUACAACUGAAUACUUCGGUGCUUUGUUGACAUCUCUGUCUGCAGACAACGAUGAUGAGACUAUAUCAGCUAUAGUGAACCUUCUAAGCUUGUGUAUCAAAGCUGUACCUGAACCAGUACUCCAACUGAAAUUCUCCGAAGCGAGCACCAUUUUGUUACAGCUCCUUGGAAAAUACGUCGAGAGCGAAAAAGUACCACUUUUAAGAGCAAUCAUUGGUUGUCUUUGUGUGCUGCUGAGAGUACAAGAAGCUGCUGUUUGGAAUAACCCAUCGACAAUUAACAUUUUGAAUUCUGUUUUGGCAUUUGUGACUUUUUCUAAACCCAAGAUCAGAAAAGCUGCACAGCACGGGAUAACAGUUAUCUGUGUAAAGAGUAAAAUUACACCCUCUGGUCUGAAUGUAAUCGCAAAACAUUGUACAGAACUAGUUGAAUCAGUGGCAACUGGAGGAAUGACGACGACUUUACACAUGUUGACACUGCUUAAAGAAAUCAUGCAUACAUUUCUCAAAAAAGAUCUUAAGGUCUGCUGUGAAGCAAUUUUGAAAAUUAUGACGUUAAACAACGUCUUAGUGACUUCUUGCAGUUUGGCUGCGCUUCAUAACUUAUUUUCAAACAACCCUCAGAACAUGACAGUCCAGAUGAACGCUAGAUUGAUCAACGCGUUGUAUGAUUAUCAACCUCCACCAACUGACACACAGCCGACGCAAGCAUGGCUUGUCGUUCUUCAAGAAGCGCACAUCAAUUUAUCAAAAUCCGAUAUUCAACUGUGCACUGCAAACUUGCCAAAAUUUUACAAGACUUGCACUAACUUGUACAGCUGUGGGAGGAUUGAAACUGUAGCCGCUGUGACGCACACGCUGCAGUCCGUUACAGCCCAUUGUGUCGGUACUGCCAUCAGGGAUCACGGCAUAAUGAAUGAAAACAUAACUUCAGUAGUUGAAAUCGUUCAGUCUUGCCUUUCUUACCAGUACCACACAUUUUACAACCACAUACUCCAUUUGAUAUCUGCGCUUUUUAACGCGUGUGGUGAGCAAGGAGGCAAAUUGUUAACGGAAAUGCUGAAAAUGUUGGCUGACCUAAGAGACAGCGACCAGGUGACUUUUAUGAAUGAGUUGGAAAAUGCAAUCGGAAGCGCAGUACGUGCACUGGGGCCACAGGUUGUUAUAGAAGCGAUCCCUCUUCAAAUCAAACCAGGCGACGGCAACAGGGAAUUUAAAAGAAGUUGGUUGCUACCUGUUUUGAAAGACAACAUAAAAGCAUCAACACUUAAAUGCUUUGUUGACAAUUUCUUAUCAUUGGCUACUGCUUCAAAGAAUGAAUCAGAUAGAUUAAAAGCUGCAAAUGACCAAGUAGGUUCUUUAAGUUAUGACUUACUUCAAUCACAGAUUUGGUCACUUCUGCCAAGUUUUUCUAAACAACCAUCAGACAUCACCGAAUCAUUCCCCGGCAUUGCUAAAGCUCUUGGGGGUGUGCUCACUUCGAGGAAAGACCUGAGGCUUUUUAUACUUUCAACGCUUCGCCACCUCAUCAACUAUGCUGUUGAGAACAAGCGUGAAGAUGAUAUUGCAACAUUGGCAAGGUUCGCUAAAAAUUACCUCCCAAUACUUUUCAACAUUUACACGACCAAAGUGUCAGGCACAGAUGAAGAAGGAGCCAGGCUUGCCUCAUUGGAGACAAUAAAGAUUUACUUGAAGAUUGCCGAUCAGAAUUUAAGAAAAGAAAAAUUCGACUUAGCAAUGAAGAAAGUCGAAUCGUCAGAAACUGAGGCUUCUCUCAAAGAGUACGCCAUCGACCUCUUAAGAGCCCUUAUAGUCUAUCAAAACGUUGAAGACAUAUCAAAGCUCUACACUCUCAUAGUAAAAGAACUGUCAGUGAAUAGAGGGACUUCCGAACAAAAGAAAUUUUACAGACUGCUAGAGGAGAUUUUUAUAUCAGAAGAUGGAGGAUGUCGAGAAUUUCUCAACACAAAUAUUGAUAAAAUAAAGGAACUUUUGUUGAAUUCAUUUUCCAAAGCCAAUGUAAAUAGCAAAGGAUCAAGAUUGAAAUGCAUAUUGGAACUACUGAAACAUUCUGAUAAUGAAAGUAAUGUGAAUUUGAUGGAAGUCAUUCUCCCUGAGACGAUUUUGUGUCUUAAAGAUAUAAACAGUAAAUGCCGGUUAACUGCAUACGCAAUUCUAGAACACAUUUAUACGAAUAUGCAGCUGGACAGUUAUCUCCAUAUUGUUAUGGCAGGGCUCAACAGAUCUCCCAUUUUAAUUUCAUGUUCAUUACUAGCAUUAGCGGCACUUUUUCACCGUUGCAAAGAUUCCAUGUCAGAAGAGAUUGAAGAACAGAUUUUAUAUAAUGUCGGCCUAUUGGCAGUCUGCUCGACUCGGGAGAUAGUCGCAUCUGCCAUGUCUUUUAUCAAAGUGUACAUAACUUCAUUUCCAAGAGACAAGAUUGAACGAUAUAUUCCAAAAUUGAUGCAAAUGUUCAGCAACAUGUCAGAAGAUUGCAAGCGUCACAACAGGAUCAAGACGAGAGAUUUACUCUCGCGUCUUGUCAGAUGGUUUGGAGCAGCAACAUUGCAAAAGCACAUCCCCGACAGGGACGAAGUGCUUAAAGUAAGAGUGCGCAACUUGGGUAAGCUUCACGACAGGAAAAUGAGACGUCGUAAGGAAGAAAGGGAAUCCAGAGGAAGCGGGGAAGAUGACGCAUACUCAACUUUUUCAGUUGCAGCCAAACAUAGAAGCAUUGAGGAAAUUCUUGCUGAAUCUGAUUCUGACAUAGAUGGCGAAGAAGAAAAUGAUGACAAAAUGAGCAAGACUGAAAAAAGGAAGAGGAGAAAGGCGAAGACAUGGAUUACUGAAGAUGCUGACGAUAUUGUUGAUUUCACUGAUAUUAGCACUGCUAAGAAAAUCACAGGCACUCAUCCUUCGACAAUGUCAAAUAUGCCGGAUUCUUUACCUAAAAAGAAGAAACCCGAACCUUUCAAGAUGGCACCGGACGGUCGUCUUAUAAUCACGGAAGACCGUGAUAAUCAGGAUGACGAUGAAGGGGAAACUAGAAUGAAGAAGAAGAAGAAACCAGCAAUCCCUGGCCUGGAAAAUUCAGAAGACGAUUAUGAAGAAUCGGAUGAUGAUUGGAUGACAGUCGGUGGUGAAACUUUAAUUGGAAAAAAAAGGGCACGAAGCGUAAGCAGUUAUAACUCAUCCGCUCCGCCUAACAAAUACCAAGCUGGUGGCAAGGGCAUCCACAGACCUUUAAACAAAGCCAGUUCGGUAAUCAGCAGAGGAAGCAGCAAAGCAAGCCGCAAGAAGGGCAACAAAGGGCCUCAAAUGAAGACCGGUCAGGAAUACCGGGCUAAGAAAGCCAAGGGUGACGUCAAGAAGAAAGGAUUGCCCGAUCCUUACGCUUACAUCCCCUUACGAAGGGACAAUCUUAACAAGAGGAAAAGGAUGAAAUCGAUGGCCCAGAUGAAGAAGAUUUUAACAGCAGCUAAAAAGGGAGCUUCUAUCGGAACAAAACUGAAGGCUAAAAGGAAAGGAAUGUAAAUUAUUGAUAAUUUAAUGAAACUAAUAAGAAUAACAAUUUUAUUUUAUAGUGUAAAUAAUGUACAUUAAAUUAAAGGUGAAAUAAACG